UUGACAGAUGUUUAAAAAGAGCGGGUGACGGUUUAAUGUCUGUCAAAUUAAAGCGUUUGUAUCUCUAUAUUUUGAUGCCAUAAAAUAUUUUUAUUCAGCUUUUAAGAUGUAUAUAAAGUCCAUUGUAUUAGAUGGAUUCAAAUCUUAUGGACAAAGGACAGAGAUCAAUGGUUUUGAUGAUCAAUUUAAUGCAAUCACUGGCUUAAAUGGUAGUGGAAAAUCAAAUAUACUGGACUCGAUCUGUUUUGUUUUGGGAAUAUCCAACCUCACUCAUGUGAGAGCUGCUAGUUUACAGGAUUUGAUAUACAAAUGUGGACAAGCAGGUGUGAAUAAAGCCACUGUUUCUAUCACUUUCGAUAACAGCAACCCUUCACAAUGUCCUCCUGGAUUCGAACAGUACAAAGAAAUUACUGUCACAAGGCAAAUUGUGAUGGGAGGAAAAAAUAAGUAUAUGAUAAAUGGAACAAAUGUUCCUAAUAAAAAGGUCCAGGAUCUUUUCUGUUCAAUUCAGUUGAAUGUCAAUAAUCCGCAUUUCUUGAUUAUGCAGGGGAAAAUUACCAAAGUGUUGAAUAUGAAAGCUCCAGAGAUUUUAGCCAUGGUAGAAGAAGCUGCAGGCACAAGAAUGUAUGAAGUUAAAAGACAAGUUGCUCAAAAAACUAUCGAGAAGAAAGAUGCCAAAUUACAGGAAUUGAGAGCGAUUUUCUCGGAAGAAGUUGCUCCAAAAUUGAAAAAGCUGAGGCAAGAGAGAGAACAGUACCUUGAAUAUCAGCAGGUCGAUAGGGAAUUAGAGAGGAUGUUAGGUCUUUAUCAAUGUUGGCAAUAUGUCCAAUCUAAAGUAAUGGUAAAAAAUGCGAUGAAAUGUUUGGAAGAUGGUCUCAAAGAUAUUAAAAAGUUUGAAUCUAAUAUCGAGGAAAAUAUUGAGACCAUCAAAGAAUUGGAAAGGCAAAAUGAAAAAAUUACCAGUAACCAGAAAAAUGAAGAUUCCCUGAAACUCCAAGAGCUUGAAGCGCAGCUGAAAGAGAAAGAAAAGAAAGAGGCCAAAUCAGCAGCUGCUCUGAAAUCUGUAAAAGACGACAUCAAAUCUGAAGAGAAGAGAAGGGAUCAGUUGAAGAAAAAUUUCGAUGAGGACAGCAAAGCCUUGGAAGCGAAAGAACAAGAAUUGAGCAAAGUCCAAUCGUUAUUCGAAACUUUGAAGGAAAACGACAAGAGAGAUAACGAGGGAUUCGCUUUGUCACAACGAAAGUUUGAAGCUGUCAGUGCAGGUAUGGAGGUUAAUGAAGACGGAGAGGCUCAAACUCUCCAAGAGCAGUUCAUGCAGGCAAAAGAGGAAGCCGUUAGGGCCAAUACUGAGAGUAAACAGUCAUCCAUGCUUCUGAACUCUUACAGGUCUCAGUUGGCUGAGCGGCAAAAGGAGUUGAGUUCGAAUUCAUUCGACACACAGAAAGAUGAAGUUAUGUUGAAGAAGAAGGAAAAUGAAGUUAAAGUUCUAGAGGCUAGCAUCAAUAAACUGAACUUCAAUGAAAAUAGAAUGAGAGAGUUAACUGACAGGAGGAGAAUUUUGAUAUCGGAAAUCAGGAAUCUUAAAGAGCGGCUGGAAAAUUUCUAUGCUCGCAAACCUCAUACAAACUUUCGUUACUCGGAUCCGGAACCUAAUUUCAACAAGAGCUCUGUGAAAGGCGUGGUCUGUAGACUGAUUAGAUCUGACGAUCAGAAUGCCUGCCUUGCCCUGGAAACUGCGGCUGGUGGUAAAGUUGGAGAAGAAAACUGCAAACCAGCACUCUCGCUCUUGAAAUACAACAAAGAACUCCAAAAUGCAAUGGAAUUCAUUUUUGGAAACGUCUUCAUUUGUAAGGAUAUAAAUGUGGCGAAACAAGUUACUUUUCACGAUAGAAUCAGAAGGAAAUGCGUUACAUUGGACGGCGAUGUGACAGAUCCUUCAGGUACCCUGAGCGGAGGUGCUCCCCAAAAGGGAGGAAGUAUACUUUUACAGCUGUCAGAAAUGCAGCAAUACGAGGAUCAAUUGAAAGUGAAAGAGAGGGAACUGGAAAAAAUCAAUCUUGAACUCCAACAUAUGAGCGGGGCUCAAGAAAGUUACAACUCAAUGAAGGAAAAGCUCGAUUUGAAUCGUCACGAACUUAAUUUAGUUCGUCAAAGGCUGCAACAGUCGACUCAUCACAGACAGCAAGAGGAAGUUAACAAAUUGAAGACUCAAAUAGAUGAGUUGAUGGAGAAAGUAAAAAUGUGCCAGGAAACCGAAAAUAGGUGCAAUAAGAAGGCCAAAGAAUUGGAAAACAAAAUGAAAGAUUCUAAAGGCUAUAGAGAGAAACAAUUAAAAGAAGCAGAAUCGGAAAUGAAGAAAAUGAAAUUGAAGGCUGAUAAAAGUAGAAAGGAAUGGAAGCAAAGGGAACAGGACUAUGAAACUCUGAACUUGGAAAUAUCGGAACUGAAGAAGGGACUUGAGAAUAUCAAGGCACAAAUUCAGGCUUGCGAAGAGAAUAUUGUCAGAUUGAAAGCUCAGUAUCAAGAGCAGGCCUCCAGUAUCACUGAAUUGAGCGAACUUGUGAAAAACCUUCAAGAUGAAGUUAAGAAAGCCAAGACGUUGAUUGCGGAAAAGAAUAAAAAUAUAGAAAAGAAUAACCGAAAGAGGGAAGAAUUGCUAGCAAAAAAUAAUGAAAUUCAAUUGAAAAUAAAAGAGCACAACCACGAAAUCAAAAAACUUGAAGAUAAUUUGAAAAACUGCAAGAUAAGGGAGCAAGAACAGUCGAAGAAAAUCAAAAGCAACAACCCGAAUUUGCAGAAAGCAGAAGAGCUCUCUCGAAAAGAAGGUUCAGAAUUGGAAGCUCGUAUUAAAGCCAACCAAGAGAAAAAACUCAAGCUCGGUAGAGUCGUUAAUACGAAAGCGCAGAGUAUGUUUGAACACGAAGAAAAACUGUACAAUGAACUUCGUAAAAAAGAAAAAAUUGUCGAAGCAGACAGACAGAAAAUCAUAGCUACGAUAGCAGAGAUGGAUAAACAGAAAGAGAAUGCCUUGAAAUUAGCCUACGAGCAGGUGUCCAAAGACUUUGGGUCAAUUUUUUCCACUCUCUUACCAGGUGCCAAUGCGAAACUGCUACCGCCGCCAGGAAAAACAAUUUUGCAGGGAUUAGAGGUGAAAGUAUCAUUGGGUGGCGUAUGGAAGGAGAGUUUAACCGAGCUCAGUGGAGGACAGAGAUCUCUAGCAGCAUUAGCUCUUAUAUUAGCUAUGUUAUUAUUCAAACCAGCUCCUCUAUACAUCCUAGACGAAGUGGACGCAGCAUUAGAUUUGUCUCAUACACAGAAUAUAGGAAACAUGUUGAAAUCACAUUUCAAAAAGAGUCAGUUCAUAAUCGUAUCUCUGAAAGAUGGUAUGUUCAACAAUGCUAACGUGCUCUUCCGAACCAAAUUUGUUGAUGGCGUUUCAGUGAUUACCAGGAAAGUGAAUAAAAGCUGAGUAAGACCAGAAAUUGAUGCUGUCCAACUGCCUAAGUGAAUAUUGUUAAGUUUCAGGAGUUUCAAAUCAACGAUUUUGUAUUUUUUCAAUAAAUAGUUUUUCUAAA